AGAGGCAGAUGGCUGCAGCCUUCCACCUUUUCCUUCGCUCCUGUUUCCACCUCGAAUCCCAGCAUCAGCCUCAGCAUCAGGACUCUUCGAGGGCAAAUUGUGACAGACCGCAGAAGCAGAAGCAGAACGCUUUGACCGGAGGAAACAAAUUGUUAGCUGCAUGUGAGUGGAUCAUCAACCGAAGAAGUCCAAUGAAGACGUGAUAUGAUAUGGGCUUCCUUUUUGUCUAUAUGUUGUAUUAUGAGCAGUCGGCAGUGUAGAGGAGCUAGUCCUGCCCAGAGAGGAGGAGGAGAGACGCGCAGAAGGGUGUCGACGGAGAGAGGCAGGGGUAGCGGAUACAGGAGGGGAGGACCAGAGUCAAAAUAAUACAGUAAUAGUAUAAGCUUCCAAUAAUGGCGGCUAAAUCGGACGGGGUCCUGAAGAUGAAGAAGAGUGACGUGGCCUUCACCCCCCUGCAGAAUUCGGAGCACUCCGGCUCGGUGCAGGGACUCCACCCGGGAGGCCAGCCCGAUUCUGCAUGCACCGGGUACGGGGAAUUCGCCAACGGGGAGUCGCGGUGCUGCGGUGGCGGAGGCACAAACUCGACGUUCCCUCGCCUGGGCAAGGAACAGCAGAAGUACACGGUGUGGGAUUGCUUGUGGAUCGUAGCCGCAGUGGCUGUGUAUCUGGCCGAUGUGGGCACUGACGUGUGGCUGUCGGUCGACUACUACCUCCGCCGCGAGUACUGGUGGUUCGGCCUGACGCUCUUCUUCGUUGUGCUGGGCUCUUUCUCGGUGCAGCUCUUUAGCUUCAGAUGGUUUAUCCACGAUUUCAGCACCGAGGACGGCGCAGAAUCCGCCGGCGAUUGCUCCCUCAUGGACGGGAACAAGCUGCUGAGUGGCUCGGCCUCACACGGCGACAUAACUGCUUCACACCACCCGGCCACGCCGCAGAGACAGGCGUCGACCGUCAGCAAGAACACCAUGACCAACAGCACCGCGAGCACGGCGGCGGGCAGCAGGAGCAGGAAACAGUCGGCAUACUACUCCUUCUGCGUCUGGUUCGGCCAGUCUCUCAUCCACAUCCUCCAGCUGGGCCAGAUAUGGAGGUAUCUCCACACCAUCUACCUGGGUGUUCGAAGUCGUCAGAGUGCUGAGACAGAGCGCUGGCGUUACUAUUGGAGGAUGGUCUACGAGUUUGCAGAUGUGAGCAUGCUGCACCUACUGGCCACCUUCCUGGAGAGUGCUCCACAAUUGGUGCUGCAGCUGUGCAUUAUCAUACAGACACACAAGCUCCAGGCUGUGCAAGGUAUGACAGCAGCAGCCUCCCUUGUCUCACUGGCCUGGGCCCUUGCCUCCUACCAGAAGGCUCUGCGAGAUUCUCGCGAUGACAAGAAGCCAAUCAGCUACCUGGCUGUCAUCAUCCAGUUCUGCUGGCACUUUUUCACCAUUGCAGCCAGGGUCAUCACCUUUGCCCUGUUUGCAUCUGUGUUUCAACUCUACUUUGGCAUCUUUAUUGUCCUGCACUGGUGCAUCAUGACCUUCUGGAUUGUCCACUGUGAGACAGACUUCUGCAUCAGCAAGUGGGAGGAGAUUGUGUUUGACAUGGUGGUGGGCAUAAUCUACAUCUUCUCUUGGUUCAACGUGAAGGAGGGAAGGACAAGGUGUCGUCUUUUCAUCUAUUACCUGGUGAUCUUGGUGGAGAAUGCUGCUCUCAGUGCACUGUGGUAUCUGUACCGGUCUCCUUACACCACUGAUGCCUUUGCAGUGCCAGCAUUAUGCGUCAUCUUCAGCAGUUUCCUCACUGGAGUGGUUUUUAUGCUCAUGUACUAUGCCUUUUUCCAUCCCAAUGGGCCACGUUUUGGACGUUCGCCAAGUGGCCAGGGCCUUGACCUGGACCCCACUGCCCAAUUUUCCACACUACCAUCAGAAGGUGCCACCAACUCAUUGCGCUCCAACAGAGCUGCUGCCACAACUUUGGAGCGUGACAUGGGGAAGUAUUCUGAGCGGGAUGGCUGCAUGCCGGUGUUUCAGGUCCGACCCACAGUGCCAUCCACUCCAUCAUCACGUGCUCCACGCCUUGACGAGACCGUCAUUAAGAUCGAUCUUUGUAGAAACCAUUACCCAGCUUGGGAGCGUCAUGUCCUUGACCGCAGUAUACGAAAGGCAAUCCUGGCCAUAAACUGCUCCCUGACUCCUCCACGGCUGCAGUACAAAGAUGAUGCUCUGGUGCAGGAGAGGUUGGAAUACGAGACCACUUUAUAGCUGAAUCCUGCUCUGAGAACCCAUACAGGGGUGCAGCAUCAUAUAUCACAUUUAAAGCAGCAGAAACUGUGGCAAUAAAUAUUUGUUACUACCAACAAAUUCACUUUUCAUCCCCGAUUUCCCCAUUCUUCGGCAUCAGCACCCAACCUGGAGUAUUUCACUUUGUGAAAAACCUACAAGACGCAAAUGCACUGUUUAGUUAAGUUUGGAAAAGUUAGGGAUAAAAUAAACAUGUGUUCAUGUCCAUCCACAUGGGCUUGAAGUCAUCACAUAUUCCUGUUAAUGGCAUCUGAAUUACACAUCAAUGUCUCUAAUGCAAUGAGGAAAGGAAACAGUCCCUCAUUCAUCAUCAGUAGAAAACUGUCAUAUCUGUUUUAACAUGUUGGUGUCCUUCUCUCUGGAAGUUGUGAUUGUGUGCUCCCAUAGCGGCUGCAUCUGCGUAGGUAUUUCCAUCAGUAUCUACACAGUUAUGCUUACUCCUCCUGUCCUAGUGCCAAAAAGAUUCAUUGAAAAUGUCUUCCAGCUUCUGAGGAUCUGGAACAUCUUAGAGCUGGCUGGGUAUUCCAAAAUGUGUCCCUCUGGCCUUGAUAUUUCAUUCCUCCUGGAUAGGUUUGAUCUACAAUGGAAGCAGGUCAGAUGGAAAGCGAACAGCUGGAAGAUGGUGGUCGAAGUAGCACUUAUAUUAUAGUCAGUGUGGUCUGUCUGGAUAAAAUCCACCAGAGCUGGUCGGUCAGAAGGACAGGGAGUGAGAAAGAAUAAGUGAAAGUUGGACAGACACAGGCUCGUGGGUUUUCUCACACAAUGCCAAGAAAAAAAAUCUUCCUGGCAGCUCAACUCAGCUACUGUAUAAGUGGAGCCACAUAACCCUGGCUGUACAAUGAAACUGAUUUUUACUUGUCUGUGGAUAAUCCAGAUAUACUGCAGAAGAAAUGAGCAAAGUGCCAGGGAGCAAUGAAAAAGAGAUGACGAGAGGGGAUGAACUGGAAAUGAGUCAACAAUGGAGGAGAAAAGAGAACAAAGACAAGAAACCAUCCUAGCCAAACUAAAUCAACCACCAGGAUGUACAGCAGCGAUACAACAUGCAACAUUUAUAGAGAUGGUGUAAAUGGUACUGAAACCAAUGUGAUUCUGUAUUUUAAUGUGUGUGUGGUGUUGAAAGAGCAGCAGAUCAGGGGGACCUGUGGCUGAUCAGUGAAGGUACACCCUGACAUGUGGUUUGUGAGGGUUGUUUUUGUUUCUUUGAUUGACACGUCACCUUCUGGGGAAGUGGCUCCUGUUUUUUCCACAGUUGAUUCAGAUUUUAACAUACACACCAAGCCACAGAACGUCACACAGCAAGGUGCUGGUAGUGUCCACUGGCUAGAGGGACAAAUGCUAGUAAAGUGGUGCCAUGAAAGCUUACCUCUGGACCGUCAUACCAUAUCUUAUGGUCCUGGAGGGGUGAGGGAUGAACUCUAGACAGUUUUGUAGUGAGGCUGUAACUGGUAGCCAGAAGAUAUGUAAAUCACACAGCACACCUCUUUCUGUUUUUUGUCACAUUUCUUUUUUUUCUCACAAAGAGCCUUUCAAGCUAAUUCCUUGUAGGAGCCAUGACAUUAAUACACUAGAUUUGGAUACCAAUAGUGGAAAGAGAGAUGAGGGCAAGUAUUUAUAAAGUACUCUUAAUGACUGUCAUUACAAUAGGAAUAUUAAUCAACUUGUCCUAAUCAGCUGUCCCUCUCAGUUUGAUUGUGGUUUCAACAUUCUUCCCAUAAUGUUUACAAAGUUAAUGAACACCUUAGUGACAGUAAUGUCUGGGCUACUACACCUAUGGUAUGGAAGUACUGAUCACAUCAUGGCAUGUGACACUUGAUGAUGACACAACACUAAAAGCCAGACGCCCUGCAAGUGACGCCAUGAGACAAAGUGGUGGAAUGAAAUUAUGACAUACUGACAUUUGUUUACAGCCCAUUGAACCAGUGGUUGUGCUGAAAAUGUAAGUAUUUCCUUGGUGAUUGUGUGGGACUAAAGAUUGGGUCCUCCCCAUUAGUUUUGAAAGAUACAUUUUCAUGGUUCAGAAAAUAUUGGAACAUUUCCGAAUGACUGGUGGCAUUCAAGCAAGGAGCAGGGAGUUGCCAAAAUCAUUUCUCUAAGGAGGAUGCCCAUACUUUACUGUCCUUAAUGUCCAACCCCAGGGCCCACUGAUACUACUAGUCAUAUUGACCUGGUGCACGCUGUGCAAGUAUGAAAACCAAACCCUCGAACAUCCUAGGUGAUCUGAAUCAGAAUAAAUGGAGAACUCCACCAUAUAUACUACACCCUAUUCCCUACUUUCAAACCUAACUGUUCGAUUUCAGGGAAUGCUGGGAAGCCAGAGGCAAUCCAUGACUAUAUCAUCAAGGCAAUGCAAUUCAGAUGGUAACAGUGUGUUUUAGAAUUUGAAAUGUCUGCACAAAUUAAAGUUCCAGGUAUGUCUUUUGUGUUUUGUUAUGUCAAUGCUCUUUUUUUCUAAGGAUGGCAAGAGGAGAGAAAAGCACAAAACAAGUCAGUGGGAGAAUCAUGGCACAAGACUGUCAACCUUCUCAUCCUGCUUCACCAAACAGCCUCAGGCUUACUGCUCUCAUCUUAGAUCAUGGUCUUAUAUUUCUGUCUAUGUGAUUGAAAUUAUAUUACUGAUUCAAGAUUUAAAUAAAUUCCUCAUUUAAUAUUUUGGUUCCAAAAAACAUGGCAAUUUAAAAUAUACCUUAUGUAGCACACAGACCACAGGGAGAAGAGGUAGGAUGUGCCCUAAUGAUCCAGUGACCUGAAAAAGAUUAGCAUAUUCCAGGUUUUAGUUGUGGUUCGUCCAUCAAAUAGAAAUGUAGUUUUUAUAAUAAAUAUGUUGUGUUGGUGCUGGCAUAAGGAAAAUGGAGUAUCUUAAAUGAUUUGGAGAUUUUUGUACUGCCAGACAUACUUUUAAAGACCACACCAGUACAUUUGUAUGUUUCAGUUGAUUUAGUAUUCAUGAGAUUUUAAGUUUUCCAUUAUUACUGUGUGAGGGACAAAACUGCUCUGAUAGCAGGUCAGAAGGUUUUUAUCAAUUAUUGUCAUGGACGUAGAUUUUUCUUAAAAUGUUUUCUAAACUCUUGAUGAUUCAAUGAUAAACUGCCCUUUCAGAGUUAGACCGGUUUUUGUCUGAGAAAUGAAACUGUAAACACAUGUCAAACAAAGAAUAUGCAUUAAUCAGCCUCAAAGACACAGUCACAGUGGAGCUGUUGGACCUUAAACUUUCUGUUAAUUCCUGCCGUUUCAGUGUAGAACUAUCCAAAGACUUCAUAAAAAACUGAGCUGUGAAAAGCUCUCACUAAUUUUGGGUCAUUCUAUCUCCUGCCUGUGUGUGCACAUCACUUAAACCUAUCUAUGUCACAAUUACUUUACAUCCAAUCAUUUUGCAAACCUCGCUGCUUUGUAUUAAUAACAUUUUAAUGUACUUUUGCAACUGCAUCUCAAAAAAAUUAAAUAGAAAUUCAUUAUUGUGAAAAUAGCAUAAUUAUUGUUAAUGCAGAGCAGACCUUUUUUAGUCUUCUCCUAAACUGCAUUGCUUCCUGUUUCAUACUGUAUCAAAAUGAUUGGAAACCAAUGGAGUCUGUUAGUAAAAUACAUCCAAAACAAUGGACAACAUGGAUCAGAAAAUGGUCACAAAGCUAUCAUGUAAGCCUAAAAAUGAAGUGUAGACAGCACAUUAUAUGGUUCAUUAAGCUGCUCAACGUCUCAUUAGUUUAUUUUAUCAUGAGUUUGAGUGUCUUAUUCUUUCAGUUGAAACAGUUUGGAUAUGGAAUCAUGAGUCACAAAACUUGAGCAAAUUAUGUUCAGGCUUAUUUAUUUAACGUGUUGCCACCACCCAAAUGUUGAAUUGGUUGUUUGUAUAAGUGUACAUGUGCUUUACUUAUUUAAGGACUUUGUGGUUGAUGGCUGAAUCAACAUCAGCACUAUUCAUGCCUUUUACUUAAGUUGAACUUUUUGGUUUACUUGAAGGCAAACUUCAAAUUUCCACAUUUGAAUGAACUGUUAGUGGUCAGGUUGCAUUGUGGAUACAUGGGUUUUUGUUUGCUUUGUUUUGCUGUAGUAGGAAAAGCACAGGUUUCAGGAUGGCACAAUACUGUUAGAAUUAGAGGAUAGUGCACACUGCGUGAGACUGCAUUUUGAACAGUACUGCAGGAGCUCAUGUUCAACCCUACUACUUACCUUCUGCCUUGUUUCCCCCUUACUUUCUCCACACAUAAAUUUCUCUUAUGCUCAUUUUGAAUUAAUUUAAUAUACAAUUACAGUUGACGUGAUUUUCGGUUUAUCCUUUAAAUGACAGGAGGCCUAGAACCCAAGAUAAAUACCAGGGUCUAUUAGAGGUCGGCCAUGGAAUGAGCGCAGAGGUUCUCAUAUCCAUUUAGUUAACAUAUAAGCAGUAUUUUAACCAAUCACAGGAUUUCACUUGAUCAAUGUUUUUAUCAAAUGGGCUAAAAUGCAGGAGUAACUGGACAAAAUCAUCAUGGUCUAUGGGAAGAUGUGAAUAUUAAAACAUCUUGUCUAUAACCUGAUCUGUGUAGAUGCAGCCUUAUAUUAUUUAAAUGGACAUCAAUGCCUUUUAUGAAAGUUUAUUUACAGUGUCUCCCAAAUCCAUUGUAGCCUUUGUUAACUCAUCACCAUAUUGUGAACUGAUACUGAACAUAAAGCUACCUCAGUUUGUUUUAAUGGACAGAACCCUCCUCCCUUUCAUCAGCAAUAUAUUUUCUUCCGUAACACAGAUGAUAUUGACCCAAGAAAACUCAAUAAGAAAAAUCCCCAAAAUUAAAUGGAAAAUUCCAUUAAAUUACAUCCACCAUACCCCAGAACACAGCAUUGACACGCAAUGAUAACUGACAUUUAUUUAGAAAUGGACAGCUUAUAUUCAGUUUCACCAGAUUCAACAUGCAACUCCCAUUUUUAUUUGUAAUUGAAUAAUACACUGUUUUAAUAAUGUGCAGGUGAUCAUGACAAGGGUCAUUUCCAUCCCAUUAAUUAGUCUUAAAUCAUCUAUUUAUUUUCAUUAUGGCAGUCAUUUUUAUAUUUUUGAAAAUACUAGUACAUUAUACAUCCUACCCAACCAUGGCAGCACUAUACUUCCAUACAUAUUUUUAAUGCAUCUGGCCAUUGGAUUAAAUAUUUGUUACAUAAACUUAUUACUUAUUGAAAGAACCACAGCGGUAAGAGGAGUUUGGUCUGUCUUCAGCUUCUUUAUACCAGGCACUCAUAAGCUAAAAAAUUUGGUACUGUUCUGAAUCCUAUCCUCACUCUGGUCAUAACUCUUGUAAGCUGCUUUCUAGGUUUUGUUUUGUUUUGCCUUAAAGAGAGUAUAUUUCUAUUUUUAUCAUUUUUUCAGCCUCAUCACAAAAACAGUUUAGGCUGUACUGAAAGCACAGCUUGGUUAUCAGAGAGGAAGCGAGUGUGAGAGAGAGACAGAGAGAGAGUGUGGGUGGGUGUGUUUCUUCUUUAACUAUUCAAUAGCAUAACGUGUCAACAGCUGUUUCUGUGCUUGUACUAGGACUCAGUCAUUGUCCAUCCUACCAGCAUACAACUCUCUCAGAACAUCUCCCAUCCUGCUGUUCCCUCUGUUUACCACUCACAGUAGGAAAACAACUACAUUUCCCCCAUACUUUAUGUUUUUAACCAACUUAUAUUUCUUCAUCCUGCAGUCACAGUAAAAGUUAUCCACAAAUUCACACCUCCAGAUAUAUUCUACAAACAUUAGGUAUAUGAUAAUAUAUGUUAACAUUGUAAAAGCCAUACACAUGGUCUUAAUCAAGAUUUGAAUUGACGUCAUGAUCCAAAGUCAGUGCCACAUCUAAAACAACUGAAUGAAACUGGGAAGCAAAUUAGGGAUCAUUUACUAAAUGCUGCACCUCUUCUGGUCAGUGGGACAGACCAUAUUGGGCGGGGGUGAGGGCUCCUACUGAAAAUUGAACUUAUAUCCCCCCCAAUCACAGUUUUCAGCCUACCUCAGCCAAAAAAAUGUAAUGGCCCAAGUUUAAGAAGAUCAGAAAACCAUCAUAUGGAUCAUUUUUGGAAUGGUUGUUUUUUUGUCAAGCAGCAGUCGUGUUGCUUGUUCUAUGUGAGCCCUAAGACUCUAUCUGUUUUCACCAGCUGUAAUGGAUCAAAGCUCUGAGGUAGGUCUGGGCCUAGUUAAUCACAAAGAGAAGACUGGAAAGCUCUGCUCACUGCUGUCGAUCAAGAGAGAAGGAUUGUAUUUCCUGUGGAUGGUGGAGAUGUGUACAGCAGCCACAGUUCCGAUGAUAUCAUUCAGCCUUAGUACAAGCACAGUAUCCAGCAGGUGAAUAAUAGCAAGAUUCCAGUCACACUUGUAUAAUCAUUCUGUACAGAUGUCUGUUUAGAGAGUUGGUUGAACAUGUAGCACCACAGAUAGUGAACUGAUCAACGUAAAAGCUCGUCUGUAAAUAAAUUUAUGCAAAAUUUACAUGUUAAAAAAAGAACAUUCCUCUCCUUUUGAGUUCUGACUGUGAAGGAUUUUAGAAGUUUCAUGCCACCACAAUGGCUGUAACUAUGACUAUAAAAAAAUUCAUAAAUGUGGUGUACGUGGUGUAUUAAAAAAGAUACAAAUGUUCAAGACAAAUAAUGGUCUUUAAAGUAAGUUGCAUUGUGUGAUGAGUUCAAUGGAGAAAAAGUACAUUUUAAUGUAAAAAUAAAGAGUGAUAAACCUGAUCAAAAUCAUUUUUUUCUAUAUAUGGGAUUUUUUACAAUUUUUAUUUGAAUCUAAUGCAACACAAGCUACCAAAAUUCAUUUAAUAAAGUACACUGUGGUCAUUU